CUGGAACCAUCCUCGAGCGCGCCUCUCUCGCGCGCGUCCUUUCUGGCAACAUCUGAUGGCUUUUAACACUUUUUUGGACACGAAGGACGUCUAAACGUGUAAAAGUGCUCCUCUUUUUGGCUGGUUCGGCUCCGCGACGCAGGCACCUCUAAAGUGGAAUAUGACUAAAUCGAACGUCUGUCAUGAGGAAGACUUCGACGUCGUUCAUCGAUGGUUGCGGGCUAUCUGAAGGGGAUCUUCUGGUUCGAGGAAACUCCAGAGCUACCUUUUGGAUAUAGAGAACGUUGCACCACAACCCUCAGGCUAAUACAUAACGGCAGAGGACAAGAUGCGAGCUGAAGAAGAAACUUCUGAAGUUCCCGACACCCUAAUCUCCACUGAUGACAAAGCUCAAACUGGAAGAGAUGUUUUUGAACUAUCUACUGUUGGUGACGCUGCCAGCACAGAAAACAGAAAUGACACCAUAUUUGAUUUUACUGAUGGACUGGCAGGCAGCCAAUCAGAACCUCUUGAAAGUCAGGGGUCUGUAGAGAUGGAUGGGGCCAAAACAGUUCACCUGCUCGAGCCUCUUGUGGUGGACUCUUUAUUGAGAGGACCACCCGUGCCCCCGCGGCACACCAAUGACGAUGUCCAGGUCAGCUUGUCUUCCGAGAGGCUACAAGCCAGUGAGUAUAGCGACUCGGACUACAGCAGCUUUCAGUCUAGCCCAGGCUACGCUAGCACGAGUUUCAGUGGUGAAGUCUUAAGUGAACUAAGCAGAAGCUCUUCUGAAAAGACAAACUCGGUCCCUCCCACCCCCACGUCCCAAAAAUCCGGCAAAAGAACAAAAAACCGUCUCACUGCUGGCCGAGGGGAUUCCAAAUCUAAGAAAAAAUCAAAGCCUGCACCAAAAAAGGACUCUGUCGAUAACAGGGGCAACACAGGCGAUGAAGAGGAGCGUCAACGCAAGCGGCCCUGUCCCAAGGUCACCGAAAGGACGUGUCGCUGCUGCAGGUCCAUGCACAGGGGCUGUCUGCGGUGUGUGGAGGAGACGCCAGCCAUGUUGUCUGGACUGGUGCUGUCUUUGGCCUUCUGUGUGGCCAUCAUCGUCCUUAUUCCCACCAUGGGAAGGGACCUUGACGUCCACGUCGGAGCUCUGGCGGUGGUCUGCGUGGUUCUCUGUCUGAGCGCCAUCCUGCUUGUGUGUCUGCCAUGGCUGGCCACUGUGCGGCGCUGUGCUGGCGCUUUGGCCCUUUUUGUGUGGGGGACGCUGUACAUCACCGCCAUUGUUUUCAUCUUCACCGGCGGGCCUGUGACAACAUGGGAGCAGGUCGCCUUCUUCCUCUUCCUGUCUCUGAGCGUGUACACAGUGCUGCCUCUAUCGCUGGCCUGGGCCAUCAUGGUGGGAAUUUGGACCAGUGUGACACACAUCAUCAUCAUCAGUGUUUAUGUCCCUGUCGUGAGCCCAGAGACACCAGAACUGGUUGUGCAGCUGGUGGCAAAUGUAGUGCUGUUCUUGUGUGUGAAUUGCAUUGGGGUCUUCCACCUGUGGACCACUGAGAAUGAUCUGAGGAUAUCCAAUCUGAAGAGAGAGGAGUUUAGUGCCAUCCGCUCUAAGAAGGAAAUUAGGAAAUACCAGCAGGAGAGUCUCCUGCUGUCUGUGUUGCCACGUUACAUCGCCAUAGAGCUGAAAACAGAGCUGAUAAACAGGCUGACGAAGCCCAGGAGCGAUGACGAAAAAAAUAAACACAACUUCCACAGCCUGUACAUACGGCAGCACAAGGACGUCAGUAUUCUGUACGCCGACAUUGUAGGCUUCACAAAGCUGGCCAGUACCGGCACACCAGAGGAGCUGGUUGCAGUGCUCAACAAGCUCUUCGGCAGGUUUGACGACAUUGCCAAGAAGAAUGGAUGUCUUCGCAUCAAAAUUUUGGGCGACUGCUACUAUUGUGUGUCAGGUCUUCCGGACCCAAUUUCUGCACACGCCAGCAACUGUGUACAGAUGGGCUUGGACAUGUGCACUGCUAUCAGUAAACUGCGAGAGGCAACGGAAGUGGAGAUCAGCAUGCGUGUUGGCGUUCACUCUGGCAACGUGCUCUCCGGCGUGAUCGGCUUGCAGAAAUGGCAGUACGAUGUAUGGUCACAUGAUGUCACGUUAGCCAAUCACAUGGAGUCUGGAGGUGUUCCUGGGCGAGUUCAUAUCACAGAGGAGACCCUAAGACACUUGAAUGGAGCGUACCAAGUGGAAGAUGGCAACGGGGGUAGUCGCGAUCCUCUGCUUAGAGGAAGGAAAACCUACUUGCUGAUUGACCCCAAAGAGUCCAGCCUGAUUAAAAGACCCAUAACAGCAAACCCUCAUGCAGCUGUCGAAAACAGGCAGCGGGCUUCUCUGCGCAUGUCUCAGUACCUUCAGUCGUGGCGGAACAUCCACCCUUUUGCCGAGCUCAGCAACAAUCAUGCUAAGAAGAUCAAACCUGUUCCUGUGCCCCCUGUGAACCAGUCGCCUGCUGAAGGACCACUUUCUCAAAACAACCCCUCCUGCUUGUUUGUAGAUAACUGUGUUAGAGGAUCACUGGACACUCUGGACAUGGCAGGGAGGAGAGCCAAGAGGCUUAACUGUCUGACUUUGCUGUUCAAUGAUGCACGCCUGGAGAAGCAGUUUCGCUUCUCAGAGGUCAAGGGCUUACACCACUCCAUGAGCUGCCUUGCUUUGGUUUUUGUCACACUCUUCACUGUCCAAAUGCUCGUGUCUUACAAGAACUUCGAAUUGGCCGUGUCCUACAGUGCCACUUUUCCUGCACUGGUAAUUCUGCUGUCCAUUGCGUUCUGUGGUUACCUACAGAAAUUGCGUUCCAAGAUACCGCCCCGUGUCCAAUGGAUGUCAGGAGUAUCUCAAGGUGUCUCAACCAGAGUGGUAUUGCGUUUGUUUAUUGUCUGCUUAGCUGUGCUCAUCACGCUGCUGAUGGCCAUCCUCAACUUUGUCUUUGUCCCAGGAAAUAACUGCACUGACAUUACUGACAGGACCCAGCUGGAAGGUCUCAAACUCUACACCGUACCUUAUUACCUGUACUGCUGCCUGCUGGCCAUGGUGGGAGUCAUUGUCUUCAUCAGGAUAAGUUUGUCGGUGAAGGCGCUGCUGCUCACACUAGCCGUGGUUGUUUACCUGGCACUCUUCCUUCACGUGUAUGCAUUUAGGUCUGAUUGCCUCGUCAGCCUACUCUACAACACCACCAGGCCUGGUGUUCUGAAGGACCCUCUCAUCAUGUCUGGUGUUUGGCUGGUCAUCUUUUAUAUUGUCUGCCUCAUACUGGCCAGACAGGACGAGCUGGGUUGCCGUGUAGACUUCCUGCUGGAACACUGUUUCAAGCUGGAGCAUGAGGAGAUGGAGAUGGUGGAGAACAUCAACAAGCUUCUCCUCCAGAACGUCCUGCCACUACAUGUGGCCUCCUUUUUCCUGGGCAAGACUGUCGGCAACCUGGACCUGUACAGCCAGUCCUAUGACUGUGUGUGCAUCAUGUUCGCCUCUGUACCUCAGUUUAAGGAGUUCUACAGUGAGAGCAGCGCCAACAGGGACGGCCUAGAGUGUUUGCGCUUCCUCAACGAGAUCAUCGCCGACUUUGAUGAGCUUUUAUCCAAGCCCAAAUUCUCUUCAGUGGAAAAGAUUAAGACAAUCGGCAGUACAUACAUGGCAGCUGCAGGGCUGACGCAAUCUUUGGAUGACAGGAAGAAAUGUGACAUGAUCUACAGUCAUGUCCGCUCCAUGGUGGAGUUUGCUAUCGCUCUAAUGAACAAACUGGAGCUCAUCAACACGCACUCCUUCAACAGCUUCAAACUCCGCAUUGGAAUAAACCAGGGCCCGGUCAUUGCUGGAGUCAUUGGCGCUCAUAAACCGCAAUAUGACAUCUGGGGGAACUCCGUCAACGUGGCGAGCAGGAUGGACAGCACAGGGGUGUUGGACAAGAUACAAGUGACUGAGGAGACAGCCCAGGUGGUCCAGAGCUUGGGUUACGGCGUCACACUCCGAGGGGUGAUUAACGUCAAGGGCAAAGGGGAGCUGACAACAUACUUUGUCAAUACAGAGCAAUCAUCUCCACAGUUCUAAACUCCUCUUUUGAAGGACAAUUACGACGAGUCUGACACAUUGUGCUCGCUGACAUGGCUGUGGCCCUGGCCCUGUUGCUGAUGCUGCUGACUGCCUGGCCAUGCAUGAGCUCUCUCUAUGCACACACACACUAAUUGCAACAGGAUGCCUUAGUCUUUGGGAUAGGACGCUAAAUAGAAUCCCUAUUGGUUGAAUGAUCGUUUUGGUUUUAAAUGAUGAUGUAACAGUGUCUGAAAACUUACCAUCAAUUUGUUUUUUCCAAAUGAUGAUUUGCUGAAUGCAAUGAAGGACAUUCUGUUUAUCUGCACUAAGCGUUUUUGUUGACAAUCUCCAUCUUUGCAACUUGCACUUUCUAGUCACAUUUGUGUACACUGUAUAAAAAUAAUGCUGAGAUGAUUGAAUUAUGAUUACAGUCUAAUUCAAUAAUGAUGCCAUUUUAAAGAGCUCAUUUGAUGAUAUAUUUAUAUAUACUGUGUUUCAAAUACAUAAGAAUUGUGUGAAUGUCAUUCGAGCUGGUUGUUACAUAUGUGGAAAUGUUUUAUUUUAUUUUAUUUAUGAAUAAUACAAAUUAAUGUCAAAUUAAUA